AUGCAGAGAGUAAUGUUAGGCCAAUCGAGCGUCCCUUUGUCGCCCAAGCGAAAAAGGCUUUCAGUGGGUUUCGGAGUGAAUGCAUCGGUACAGAUUCAUAAAACAGUAACACCACCUGCCAUCCAGCAACAACGAUCAAUAUCGACCCACAACGAUACGACCGUAGUGGCGCUCAACGAUGCAACUCCCAGCAAGAGGAAAAAUCUACACGAAGCACUUCUGAUGCGCCUCCUAUCGACGCCAAGCGAUGAGCCACUGUUCCGGCAGAACUCAACCGAAGCACCCGAAUCGCAACGUACGGCGGACGAAUCGUUCGAUAGUUGCCUAUCCGGUAGAAGCACACCGAUCGAGCUGGAUCUGCUACACCAAACGCCGGAUGCCAUGCGAUGCAAUACACCACCAGCCGCGGUUGCGGCGACAGAAUCAGCUGCUCCACCCAAUCGUCACAUGCAGCUGCUGAUGCGUGAUUUUAAUAGUCCUUCCGCGACGGCACGUUUGCGUGCCGUGCGUGCUUUAAAUUCGGUCUCGAAACGUAACGCGUACGGAAACUUUGAUAUAUCGUACGCCGAGCAGGACAUCAUUACGGCGGAGGAACGGCUUGCCCAGGAACAGCGCACGAUUCAGGACGUACUGAAAGACGUGUGUGUGUACGUAGAGGUACGCUCCGGUACGGACAAUCGUUCCGAAGGCAUAAAGGAACACAUCGCUUCCCUCGGGGCGAAAGUAAACGAGCGACUGUUAAGGGACACUACGCACGUCAUAUUCAAGGAUGGAUUGCUUUCAACGUACCAAAAAGCGAAAAAGAUGAACAUCCCGAUAGUCUCAAUUCUGUGGAUCGAAGCAUGCAAAAGGCACAACUGUCUGAUGAAUCCAAACGAUUUCAAAAUAUCCAACCUGGAACGGUACGAAAAUCCGGACCUCUUCAAACGUAUGCGGCGUCAAAAAUCGAUGCAACCCGGAGCAGAGGAAGCAGCCGGAGCAAAGAAGCGCCCAAAUGUCACCGGAAAGGCAAAGGCGGCAGCGGCUGUAAUAUCACCACCAUCGAAACUUCCGGUCCUUCAUCGGAUUCGCAAAGACGAUCGUUUGGAGCGUAUACUGAGUGAUUUUGAGGCAGAAAAUCAAAUCACCAGCUCUGGCGAAGGGCCGGUCGAUGAGUAUGACGAGCUAUUGCAGGCGGCACCGAUGCGUAUUUUGGAACGCUUCCGUUCAACCCCGACGCCGAUCGAUCGGGAAGAGGAGGAACAUCAAACGAACAGUACAACACCAAUCACCACCACCACCAACACAGAAACACCUCAGGCGAAUGGAAUUUCGACACGACGCGAACUGUUCGCUGGAUCAAAGUCUAUUACGCCGCGAAACCGACGCAAGACGGUCAUGUUUACCCCGCAAAUGAAGAACGUUCAGGAGGAGGAACCGAGCGUCGAUGAGACGCCCAAGCAAACUACGGUUCGAAAUCGACGCAAAACGAUUGUACAGAUGAAUGAGGAACCAGCCUCCACCGUAUCGGAAAAGUCGUCACACUCGAACCGACGCAAAACCAUCGUUCAGGAUGUGGAAGACAGCGGAACAACGGCUCGCACUGGUCGUACCCGUCGCAGCACAAUGAUCCUGAACGCUACCACAAAGGAAAAUCAAUCUAGUCUAACCGAGAAGACCGAUCUCAAGCAGGUGGAAGAUACCAAUCAUGCAACCGUUUUGUCAAAUCGUCGAAAAACUAUCAUUGCUGAUAAAGAUCCCGUACACACACCAGUGGCAAUCAGUGUUGCGAAUAAACGCUCACGUAGGAAAACGAUUGCGUUUGGAAAUGAGGAAAAUACACCACCAUUAUCGGCCAUUUCGAUGGAUAUUACGAAGACGCUUUCGAAGACACCCAAGAUUCCGGCACGUGAAACUAUCUGUUCACCGAAAGAUAUGGACAUGACUAGCGUACAUUCAAAAAACCAAACGAAUACUCGUGCUACGAACGAUCUGACGAAGGUGAACAGUAACGGAACGGUUAUAAGCAUUUCAUCGGAAGAGGGCAAUCAUCAUCGUCAGGUUCCGAACCGUCGUCGAACACUGUUCAUUCCUUCCGUCGAGAGUGCAAUGGAUGGGAUGGUUCAGGAUCUAAACGGAACAGUCCGAUCGUCGGUUGGUUCCUCCGCAGCGAAUCGACAUAAGACAAUAUUCCUCUCCACACCAAAAAACUCCACCCCAAUGGAACCGCUGGAGGUGACCGAAACACCUCCACCGGUUUCAUCACAAUCGCACGUGACCCAUGCCGAUGGCAGUAGUAUCGUUAAUCGCCCGAAUCCAACCUCCAGUUCGACACCAAUCCCAACAACACCAGUGCCGACACCGGCUACAAACGGCCGUAAAACGCUUCUCGAGCAGUACCAGGAUUCUCUAACUUUCAGCUCAACGCGUGCUCCGGAACGACGCCGCCGAACCGUUUUCGACAUCACGAUGGACAUAGUGGAUCACCGGCUGUCCGAGAUUAAUCGACAAGCGGCGGCAGUAGCAGCUUCCGCAACAAAAAAACCAGCUGUAAAUAAUCCGGUGGCGGUAGUGGCCAGUGCGGAAGCUGCACUAAAAUCACCUCCCUCGCAGCCAGAUCAUCAAACAUCCCUCGAUGCGUACUACCGGAAGGCGGCCAAAUCCUGUGAAAAAGCAACGCAAAAUGCGGCUGUGACACCGACUACUGAAGCGACGGCACCACGAAAGAGGAAACUGUUUAACGUACAGACGUCUGUCGACGAUGUGCCGGCAGUUAUUGCGAAACCAGCCCCAAAACGUCGCUCAUUGGCACCAGGAGCAGCAGCGACUACAGUUGAAGCAAACAAACGGCGUCGAACUACGACCCUAUUUGCUUCACCGAACGAUCCAACAGCAGCCGCUUCCCAGCGUACGGAGAAGGAAGAACAGAAGAAAAAACUGUUCCCUAUCGGACGCGGGCUGCCAACGAUGGCCUCACAGUAUACAGUUGGGGGCGGCGGCGGUGCUUCUUCCCAGCUAACUGGUCCGAGACAAUACUUGGCCACCACUAACCUGCACACCGAGCAGAGCACAUUCGUGAAGGAGGCCAUCGCACGGCUCGAUGGAUUCAUUGUGGAGGCAACGGUCACCGAUAACACUACCCAUCUCGUAACGCUCGAAUCCCGGCGAACGAUCAAUCUGCUCCGGGCGCUUAUCCGUGGCCUGUGGAUCGUACGCUACGAAUGGAUCGUUGAGUCAUUCCGGGCCGGCCGUUGGCUACCGGAAGAACGUUACGAGCUGAGCGAUUUUUCCCGUGCCGUACAGCUGAAUCGUAGCGAACGGCAAGCAUUCGGUAGCCAGUACCGUAACGAGCUGUACACGGAUUACGCACCGUUCUGGAUAUCGCCCCGUUGCCCCAUCCCGGGGCAGCAGCUGCGCGAGCUUAUUCUGCUGUGCCGUGGAAAGGUGACGGGUAGUGCGGCACGGGCAAAAUUUCUCGUGGUGGACCCAAACGACAAUGAUGCGGCACCGAUCGAGGGACAGAUUGUGGUUUCACCGGUAUGGAUACUGGACAGCAUUACCGUCAACAAGGUAAAGAAGCUGUCGAAGAAGUACCGAGUGGAGUGA